CACAAUUCUAAACCCUAAUGCCUCUAAACACCACGCCGCCUCUCCAAUAUUCAGCUUCUUCUUCAUUUCGUCACGCCAAUAACUCUUCACGCUGGUGACUCUUCACGUCGCCACAACGGUCUGCUCUUCAUCGCCUAUUCUCCUUCAAAGAUCUGGUCUUCGUCGUCUCUGCUCUUUCAACGACCUGCUCUUUGGCCGCCUCUUUUGUUCGUCGGUCUGCUUAUACUCGGAAGCUUUAGUGUUCGUUCUCCUCUGCUCCAUUGCCGACCACAUCUGCUUCUCUGAGAAUGUCAAAUAUAAAUGAGGGUGCCAUUCAAAUCCAAUUGACUCAAGACUCACAAACAAGCCCAAUUUUGGAUAAUAUUGCUGAAAAUGAAGAUGUUGAAAAAGAAGGAAAUGCAUCUACUACAAUAGAAGAUAAUGAAGCUGAAGCAGAAAAUCCUUUUUGUUCAAAGAGAAGGAAAAAGACAUCUAAGGCAUGGUCGGAGUUUAAGGAAGUAACUCUUAAAGAUGGCACAUCAAAGGCAGAAUGUAUCCAUUGCAAGUAUCGGCUAGCAAUAACCAAGGGUGGUCCUACGACACAGUUUCUUAGACACCUAAAAACUUGUGUUAGGAGGAAACUCAACUUAAAAGGGCAGCAAGAACUUACAAUAAGUACAGCUAUUGCGGGAAAAGAAGUAGUAAAUUCGGUGCAAAAUUUUAAGUAUGAUCAUGCUAAGAUUGGAGAGAUAUUAGCCCAUAUUAUUAUGGUUCAUGAGUUACCAUUUCUGUUUGCGGAAUAUGACCUUUUCAAUUUGUUGAUGAAGACUGCUAGUCCACAUUUUUCAGAGUAUUAGUCGGGCAACUGUUCGAAAAGAUUGUUUCACAUGUUAUGAGUUGGAGAAGAAGAAGGUUUUUGCACUACUAAAGACGGUGGACAAAGUAAGUGUAACUACCGACUUAUGGAAGUCGACUAGCCAGAAACUUUCUUACAUGGUUGUCACAGCCCAUUUUGUUGAUGCUAAUUGUAAUUUACAAAAACGUACUUUGAGUUUUUGUGAUGUUCCUCCUCCUCACACCGGAGUCAAUAUAUGUGAUGCAUUGCACAAGUGUUUAAUUGAAUGGGAAAUUGAAGACAAGGUGUGGUCGGUGACCGUUGACAAUGCUGCCUACAAUGAUGUUGCUAUUCGGAUGUUGAAGGAAAACCUUUCCUACAAGAAUCAACUUCCCAUAGAUGGCAAGUUAUUUCAUGUAAGAUGUUGUGCUCAUAUUCUUAAUCUCCUUGUGCAUGAUGGAAUGUCGGAGAUCGGAAACAUAAUUAAGGAUGUCCGCGAUAGUGUGAAGCAUAUUGUUAAUGUAGAAAGUCGUCUCAUCACUUUUGGAGAAAUUGUGAAGCAACUCAAGUUAUCUUCUAAGCAACUCAUUCUUGAUUGUUGCACAAGGUGGAAUGCUACUUAUUUUAUGCUGUCUGCGGCUUUGGAGUUCAAAGAUGUAUUUCCUCGGUAUCAACGAAGAGAUCCAAUAUACUAUUCCUUGCCGAGUGAUGAAGAUUGGGCAAAAAUUCAAGAAGUUUGCUCUUUUUUGGAAGAGUUCAAUGAAGUCACUAAUAUAAUUUCAGGAUCUGAAUAUCCAACAUCAAAUCUUUUUCUUUAUGAACUUUAUAAUAUCAAAAAAUUGUUGGAUGAUAAAUACAAUACCGAAGGGGGUUUCAUGAAAGCAAUGGUUGGAAAAAUGAAGGAUAAAUUUGAUAAAUAUUGGGGUGAUUGCAAUUUGCUUAUUUCUAUGGGUGCUGUGAUGGAUCCUAGAAAUAAGAUGAAAAUAAUUGAUUAUUGCUUUCCCCUUGUUUAUUCUCGAGAUGAUUGUAUAAAACAUGUUGCUAUUAUUAAGGAGUCUUUGAAUAAACUUUAUAAUGAGUAUCUUGAGACUUAUCGACACAAUACUAUUAAAGUGGUGGAAACUAGGAGAGAUUGUAGUAGUACGACUACAAUUGGGAAAGGAAAAAAUAGAGGGAGAGAAAAAUUUUAUAAUUAUGUAAGAAGUGUUGAGACAGUGAAUGAGCGAAUUAAGUCUGAAUUGGAUAUUUAUUUUGAAGAAGGUUGUCAUAUGUGGGAUGAUGAAUCAAAUUUUGAUGUGUUGGGAUGGUGGAAGAUGAAUAGUUUGAAAUAUAAAGUGUUGUCAAAGAUGGUAUGUGAUUUGUUGUCUAUUCCGAUAACAUCUGUUGCUUCAGAGUCGGCUUUUAGUGCCGGAGGUCGAGUGAUCGAUCAGUAUCGAGCUUCAUUAGGAACUGAUGCAGUUCAGGUGCUACUAUGAGGACAAGGAUGAUAUCAAAGAGUACAUGAUUCCAAUUAAAAAUUCAUAAUUUGGAGAAGAUCUUUCAGAAUGUUUAUUUCUAUUGGCUUUUUUGGACUAUCGGUUGUUAAAUUUAUCUUUAGAAUUUUAUGUUGCUUAUGUAUUUGGUAAUUUAUGUUUGGAUAAUGUUUUGUUGGAUUUAUUGGUUGGACUUUAAAAUUUAUUAUGUGUUUGAAAAAAAAUCAUUAUUAGGUGAAACUAAUUCAGCUUGUAUUCGUGUUUGGCAUAACGGGUUGAGCUUAUGUUCAUUCGUUUAGCCACUAAACGAACAGGCUCGCGAA